AGCAAAUUGCCCUAAAGAAAUUGCAAAUAUUUCUUCAUUUCUUAAAAAGUUUUUGGAGUAUCUUACCAACCGGACCAAUAUUAGUUACAUCCUCUCUUGACUAUGAAAAAACUCUCAUCAUUUAACUUUCACUCAAAAAGAAAACCUUGACUAAAUCAAAUUCACAUGCAAAAUCCUUAAAACUUCUAACCUGUAUAUAACUGACCAGUCUCAACUCCCACCCUACAAAAGUAAAUGUGAUAUUGUGAAGCAACCAAAAAAGGAAAAAAGAUGGCGUCUUUACACGAAUCAAGAUUUGGGUUUGUGCACCAUUGCUUGAUUCUAGUACUUCUAUCAGCUUUCUACUUCAGUUGCUCAUCUUCCGUGUAUGUAAGCGAUCCGCCUUUGAGUUUGGAUUACUACAAGAAGACAUGCCCAACUGUGCUUGAAAUUGUCAGGAGAGAAAUGGAAUGUGCUGUUCUCUCUGAUCCUCGUAAUGCCGCGUUGAUUUUAAGGUUACAUUUCCAUGAUUGCUUCGUUCAGGGUUGUGAUGGAUCAGUUUUACUGGAUGAUACCAUCACAUUACAAGGAGAGAAAAAGGCGCCAAACAACAAGGAUGCUUUAAAGGGAUUCAGAAUCUUAGACCGGAUCAAGAAUCUAUUGGAAUCGGAGUGCCCUGGAAUUGUAUCUUGCGCUGAUAUUCUCACUGUUGCAGCCAGAGAUGCAGUUCUUCUGGUUGGCGGACCUUAUUGGGAUGUGCCACUGGGUAGGAAAGACUCAAGAACAGUAGGCUAUGAGCUCUCAAAUACAAAUCUUCCAACCGCAAAUGAUGGUCUUCUCUCCAUCAUUUCCAAGUUCAUUUAUCAGGGACUUUCAGUCACUGAUAUGGUGGCUCUCUCUGGUGCACACACAAUUGGAAUGGCAAGGUGCGUCAAUUUCAGAGACAGAAUAUAUGGAGAUUUUCCAGUCACAACUGCAGUGGAUCCACUUUCUAUGAAUUAUCUCAAAACCUUGAAAUCUCAAUGCCCUCCAGUUGGAGAAGACAACAAGGAGGCAGCAAUGGAUUAUUUGACCCCUAAUCUCUUUGAUAAUUCAUUUUAUCAUAUACUGUUACGAGGGGAAGGAUUGAUUAAUUCAGACCAGGAGCUUUAUACAAGUGCUUUUGCUUUACAAACCAGAAAACUUGUCAAAAAAUAUGCAGAGGAUCAAGUUGCUUUCUUCGAGCAAUUCGCGGAAUCCAUGGUGAAACUGGGAAACAUUACAGAACCUGACACUUUUGUUGAUGGAGAAGUUAGGAGGAAUUGCAGAUUUGUGAAUACAUAAUAUGUAAUGAAGAGUUAGAUUUUGGGUUAAGAUUACAGAAUUCCGGUCAGAGAAGCCUCUGCAAAUGUUCAAAUCAUUGAUGAGUUUCUAUUUUCUAUUCAUUCUGUGACAAUCUUAUGAUAAACAUAAGACAUGAUUUGUUGUGAAAGCAAAAUACUAUCAUUGUUUUGUAGCACCACCAUGUAGUGAAUGGCUUAUGUUGAAUCAUCCUUUUUUUGCUUGCUUACUCCCUCUGUACCGUAAUGAAAUAAUUGUCCUUGUUUGUUGGGAUUGAAGGAGUAUAAUUAAUCAACUAUUGGCCAGUUAAUAUAAUUUCUGUGAGAAAUUUCAUUAAACUCAUCAGAAAAAACUCUUUGUUGGCAGUGGAUUAAAAUAUGCAUGCUCUAAGAAUCUUGCAAAAUAAUGAUCAAACACCUGACCUUCAAAGGAGACCCAAGGAGAAGAGAACUGCUGCCUUGAAAAUAACUGUUGACAAUAACUUGUGAGAAUAAGCCCCUCAUAUCAGAGAGGCAAGUCUCACGAAUUCUCAACUGUAGCAUUUACAAUACGCAUUUGGCGAGGCCGCUCAGGCUCAUCACUUCGCCUCCAAAAAGCUCUCCUCCACCAAACUUCAAAACCCCGUCGGAUAUUUGGACAAUCUUCUCCAGAAUUCAGGAAGCGAUCGAACCAAGACAUAAAAAUUUCUUGC